CUAAUAAGGAUAAACAAUCAUCUGUUAAGUUAGAUAACUCAUCUUCUUUUAAUUUUGAAGUUUUACUUGAAGAAACAAUAUCUAGUGAUCCUCAAGUUCAACAAGUUCUUUAUCACUUUAACCAUUUAGUUAAAGCUAUAGAAAAAAAACAAUCUUAA